AUGUCUGCCACACCUCUUGAUAAUUUUAUUAGAGAGUCCGACGCUCUUAUUAAAUUCGCUACUGCUUUUGUCGAAAUGCGCGAUGAUACUCAUUCGGUUUUCACUUUGGAAAUUCGUGGUCGGGAAAUCACUUCGAUUUGGGCGGAUAUUAAGCCAGUUUAUAAAGAGUGCCUUAAAUAUUUGGAAAGCUCAGAUCUUGUUGACACAACUGAUGUUGAAGCAGCGGAAUCGAAAUAUGAGGCUACGUUUAACGCUUAUGUUAAUUGCUUAGGUACAAUAAAUGAGAAGCUAUCUAACCUCCAACAGAAGGCGACUAUGAAACCUUCUAGUCCGGACGUUAAUACUGCUCAUUCUAUUGACAACACUGGCCAUAAUAUGCUUCUGCCCCCUUGCGAUAUCGAUGAUUUUGAAGGUGAUUUUGUUUCGUGGCCAACUUUUAGGGACCUCUUUAUCGCGAUUUAUAUUAAGAACUUACGCCUUAGUAAUAUUGAACGCUUGUGUCAUCUGCUAAAGAAGACCAAAUGCGAAGCGCGGGAAAUUGUUUCUAAAUGUCCUCAUACUAAUGAAGGAUUUGACAUAGCAUGGAAAAACUUGAGCGAUACAUACGAUAAUCCACGAUUAUUGGUCAACGACCAGCUCAAGAGGCUUUUCGGUCUUCCUUAUCUAGAUAAGGAAUCAAGCUCCGAGUUGAAAUUACUUCAACGGGGUAUAAAUGGGUGCCUUUCUGCUAUGUCAACGUAUGAUAUUCCUACCCAGAACUGGGAUCCGAUAUUAGUGUUCAUUUGCAUUCAGCGAUUGCCAUCUCUAACUGUUAAUUUGUGGGAACAGAGCAUAAAAAAUAAGUCGGCUAUGUCACUCUGGAAGGAGUUGGACAAAUUUCUUGCGGAAAGAGCCAUGACUUUAGAGUGCGUUCGUGACUUAAGGGGUCCAGAUAACUCAACUAGGCCUUCCGGGCAUAAAGUUAAGUCACAUCAUACGAAUGCCUCUUCAUCGACAAACGCUUCGGAAAAUAACUCCUCUGCUUCGAAUAGGUUUUGCCCAUUAUGUAAAAAACAAACUCAUAUGUUACGGUCUUGCCUCCGGUUUAAGCAAUUAUCUGUUUCUGAAAGAUUUGCCCUUGUUAAGAAGAACAAUUGCUGUAUCAAUUGUUUGUCUAAAGUACAUAUGAUAAGGAAUUGUGGUAGUCAACAUAAUUGUACCAUUUGCAAUAAACGCCAUCAUACCAUGUUACAUCGUGAAGAGCCAUCAACUGAACCUUCGGAAAUUAAUGCUGGUGCGAGCACUUCGGUUUCACGAACCAACAACUCCAUACCAGUGAAUUCUUCUCUGCCGAAUGGUUAUGAUAAUUCAAUUAAUUUUGGUCCGAGCACUUCGGUUUCACGAACCAGUAACUCCAUACCAGUGAAUUCUUCUCUACAGAGUGGUUCUAAUGCUAACAAUUCCGCGACAGGAAACAUUACUCACGGUAAUAAUUCUGCUACGCCUUUUAACAGGCAGGUAUUUCAUUCUGCUGAACAUAGAUCUGUCCUCCUAGGUACUGCUAUGGUGAAUCUUCUUCACAUGGGUAUCACGUACCCCGUUAGGGCACUUAUUGAUCCAGGUUCUGAAGCGACUUUUAUCUCAGAACGUUUACAAAACCGUUUGAAACUUCCUACGAAUUCUACGAAUGCUCGUAUUUCUGGAAUUAAUCAGGCUGUUUCAGCUACUACGAGGAAGAUUUGCUCGAUUCAUAUUGGUUCUCCUCUAGAUUCUUCGCGAACAUUACAAACAAUGGCUCUCGUUAUUCGGGAUAUUUCGGGCAAUUUGCCGUCUUUUACGAUCCCAUCAUAUAUAAAGGAUUAUUUGCCUAACAUUCAGCUAGCUGACGUAAAUUUCUUUGACUGUCGUCCAGUAGAUAUUUUAAUUGGAGCGGAUCUUUAUCCUGACAUUCUUUUGGGGGAAAUUCGUAGGAAUAUUUUGGGUUCCCUGUUAGCUCAAAGUACCAUUUUUGGUUGGGUAAUAACCGGUCCAAUUGAACAGUCUUCAAUACAAGUUUAUUCCACUAAGGUCGAUUUUUCUGAGGAGGAUACCCUUAAUCAAAAUCUUCUUAAGUUUUGGGAACUUGAGGAGACUCCGAAAAGAAAAAUUCUAUCUCCCUUUGAUAAAUAUUGUGAGGAAAAUUAUAAGGCCACAACUUGUCGUGGUUUUGAUGGGAGAUACGUAGUCGCCCUUCCUUUUAAAUUAGAAUUUCCUGAGACAUUGUCUUUGGGAACGUCUAGGCCUAGCGUGAUGGGACAAUAUCUUAGGAAUGAAUCAUCUCUCGAACGUAAACCCGAAAUUAAGGAAACUUAUGACGACGUCGUAAGGGAAUAUUUAGAUUUAGACCACAUGAGACCUGUGUCCUCAACAACUUUACAUUCUUGUUAUUUGCCACAUCAUCCAGUAAUGAAGCCUGAUAGUAAGACAACAAAAUUGAGGGUAGUUUUCAAUGCCUCGCAUAAAACAUCGAACGGAAUAAGUUUGAACGACUGUCUUUAUGUUGGACCUACUUUACAAGCGGACUUAGUACUACUAAUUCUUCGCUGGCGACUUUUUAGGUUCGUUUUUAACUGUGACAUUACGCAAAUGUAUCGACAAAUACGGGUGGAUCCCACACAUACUUCAUUCCAGCGUAUCUUAUUUAGGAACCAUCGGACGGAGGAAGUGAGGGAUUAUGAGCUGCAGACAGUAACAUUUGGCGUUAAUUGCGCACCGUACCUUGCAAUUCGGACACUUUUGCAACUGGCGGACGAUACGGAAAAGCAGUACCCUCUCGCUGCGCACAUUUUGCGUGAUUGUAUGUACGUCGACGACGUCUUAACUGGAACUCACGAUAUUUCGACUGCAGUGAUCGCUAGGGAUCAGCUGAUAGCAGCUUUAUCCUCUGCAAAGUUUGAAUUGCGGAAAUGGACCUCGAAUGAACAGACAAUUCUAGACAGCAUUCCUUUGGACCAUUUAGUAGACGCUAAAUUACUGGAAUUCGUUGAGUCUAGUGGCUCAAAGACUUUAGGUAUACAGUGGAACGCUCAACUGGACUCGUUUUAUUUUAGAGUGAAUCCUAUUCCACAUAAAUCUGGGUAUACAAAAAGGGAAGUGUUGUCUACUAUUGCGAAAUUAUUUGACCCAGUGGGUUGGUUAAGCCCAGUCAUCAUAGUCGCGAAGAUUAUCAUGCAGAGGAUAUGGCUUGAUAAUAUUAACUGGGAUGAUAAACUUCCACUGGCAACGGAGAAUGAAUGGAAGAAAUUUGUAUCUACUUACCUUGAAGUAAAUAAAAUUAGAAUUCCUAGAUGGGUUCAUUAUACUCCCAAUUCGUUUGUCGAACUACACGUUUUUUCUGAUGCCUCGGAAAAGGCAUAUGCGGGGGUAAUUUACAUUCGUGUAAGAAAUUCUAGUGGGGAGAUUUACUCCAAUAUGCUUACUUCGAAGACUAAGGUAGCUCCCAUAAAAUCAAUUUCUUUGCCCCGCCUUGAACUGUGUGGUGCAGUACUUGCCUCCGAAUUAUUGAAAACUGUACUUCGCGAGAUUUAUAUUCAGAUAGAUCAUGUUUAUUGUUGGACAGACUCUACAAUAGUCCUGUCAUGGUUGAGAAAGACACCUAGUACUUGGACGACAUUUGUUGCAAAUAGAGUCUGUAGAAUUCAGGAGAAUGUAGGUAAUCACAAUUGGUACCAUGUUAGAUCUGAGGACAAUCCUGCGGAUUUAGGUAGUCGCGGAAUUUCUCCUAGCGAGCUUGCGACAAAUUCUCUUUGGUGGUAUGGUCCAGAAUGGCUUCGCCGUGAAAAGAAUGAAUGGAAAAUUUCCAAUCUUUCCUCACUUGACACGGAUAUUGAAUGUCGUGUUAAAACACAUGCGUCGUUUUUUAAAGACGUGACGGGAAACGAUAUUUAUGAGGAUAUUCUUGCGAAUUAUUCUCACUUGGAUAAGGCUCUUCGAAUAAUAUCCUAUAUAUUGAGAUUCUUUUAUAACAGCCAUCCCUCUCACAAAUCAGGUCGUAACUUGUACGAAAAUUUUAUAAAGUAA